AUGGUGAGGGAGAGACGGAGAAAGAGAGAACAGAAACUCACCGUGAAUGGAGGAGUUGCGUAUGGUGUGGAGAUGAAGGUGGUUGUCCCGACAGCAUCGAACGUGCGGGAAGGUGUUGUGCAAAGAGCUAGGAGAAAAGAAGUGUUCUAUUUUGAUGAGCAAAAACAAAGGUCUUCGGUUCUCAAUGCAAUUGGCUGCCGAUCUCGCAUGGGCUGGGCACGAAGAGUUGCUACAGAGAACUUUUUCGAGGUAAAUAAGCCUAGAGAAGGUGGAUUCAGUGCUAUUUACAAGGGUAAGCUUCAAAAUGGACUAGAAAUAGUUGUGAAAAGGCUAUCUAUGGGUUCUAGUCAAGGAAAUAUAGAGUUCGAGAAUGAGGUUCUAUUGCUAGCAAGGCUUCAACAUCGAAAUCUGUUGAGCAUCAUGGGAUUUAGUUUGGAAGUAAAUGAAAGGCUUCUUAUCUAUGAGUUUAUGCCUAAUGCAAGCCUCGAUCACUUCUUAUUCGACCCAAUCAAACAAGUCCAACUGAACUGGGAAAAACGACACAAAAUUAUAGAGGGUAUUGCUCGAGGGCUUCUUUAUCUUCAUGAAGAUUCUCGACACCGUAUUAUUCAUCGCGAUCUCAAAGCUAGCAACAUCUUGUUAGAUGCAUAUAUGAAUCCUAAAAUUUCAGAUUUUGGCACUGCAAGGUUGUUAGAUCGAACUGAAGGCAAUACAAUGAGAAUUAUUGGGACUUAUGGAUAUAUGCCUCCAGAGUAUGCUCAAUGUGGAACCUUUUCAACAAAGUCCGAUGUCUUUAGUUUUGGCGUGCUAAUUUUGGAGAUAGUGAGUGGGCAUAAAAAUAGUUCUUUUCCUGAAGGCCUUGUAAGCUAUGCUUGGGAAAACUGGAGGCAGGGAACACCUUUAAAUCUUGUAGAUCCAACAUUGAUGGUAUAUUCAACAAUUCAAAUACUGAGAUGCAUCCACAUUGGAUUAUUAUGUGUUCAAGAAAAUGUAAAUGAUAGACCGACAACUGCUUCGGUCGUUCUCAUGCUUGGUAGUGAAUCCAUUACUCUAGCAGUACCCAAGAGACCUACAUUUCUUUUGUACACGAGUAGCACUGGACCAGACAUGUUGUCUCGUAAUAACAAUGUCUAA